AUGGGUUCAGAGGCCAAAGUUCUUUCACUUGAAGAGGUUUCAAAGCACGCUACAAAAGAGGAUUGUUGGCUUAUUAUUUCAGGAAAGGUGUAUGACAUUACACCUUUUCUUGAUGAUCAUCCUGGAGGUGAUGAAGUCCUAGUGUUAGCCACCAGGAAAGAUGCAACAGAGGAAUUUGAAGAUGUGGGGCACAGUCAAAAUGCAAGAGACAUGUUGAAAGAUUACUAUGUUGGUGAUAUUGAUGUGAACACUUUGCCAAAAAAAGGACAAUACUACAAGCCACCUUCAGCUUCUGGUUCAAAACAAGCUUCUGCUGGUGGAUCAUCCAACAACACUAUUGUAAUGUUGGUUCUACCUAUAAUCAUCAUGCUCUUGGCAUAUGCUCUUUAUUUUUAUGCCAACAAAAGAUGAUGUCAUCACCAUUGCUUGAAAUUGGUGUCAAGUCUUUUGCUAUUUUAAAAACUAUAGUUGCUCACAUUGUAAUUGAAUGAGGACAUGGUUUGUGUUUUUUUGAUGAACUGGGUUGUUUUUGGACCUUAAUGGCCUUUAUAUAAUGUUAUGUAGAAGGGGGACAUAAAAGGGUUGCUUUUUGAAGCAAUAAAACUCACUCAUAUAUUUGGUACCAGUCCCAAACAUUUUCCAUGGUUCCAACAUUUUAAUGGUUAAGAGAAUAUAAGAUUGUUCAACUGUUCAUAGACAGUUUCAUAGGAGGUUGUUUAGGGAUUGUACCAAACAACGUAUUGAAUGCUGAUCGAUUUAGAUGUGACCUUUGAAUGGUUCUAUUCAGAAGUUACCAAAACAAGCUCAUUUAUUCUAAUUAAGAGUGGCCGGAAACAGUGGUAGCAUUGUCUACAAAAACUAUGCCCUUCACAGUUUUGAUAUUAUUUUGUAGGCCAUCUUCUUUGAAAUGUAAAGCGUUAAAUCGUUAUGUUUGUUUUGAUAUUUUUUCAUAUAAAUAAAUUUGGUUUGUUG